CCGCCACCGCGGGCUCAGUCCGCGAGGAGCCCGCGACCUGGCGGCGCCGCGCGCGCACCUGCGGGGCAGAGAUGCUGUAGGACCGCGCGCCCCGCGCCCCGCGCCGCCGCCAGGAUGCCGCGCUCCUUCCUGGUCAAGAAGCAUUUCAACGCCUCCAAGAAGCCCAACUACAGCGAGCUGGACACACACACAGUGAUUAUCUCCCCGUGUCUCUACGAGGGCUACCCGGUGCCUGUCAUCCCGCAGCCGGAGGUCCUCAGGUCGGGAGCCUACAGCCCGAUCGCCGUGUGGACCACCGCCUCUCCCUUCCACGCCCCGCUGCCCGCCGGCCUCUCCCCUCUGUCCGGAUACCCCGCAUCCUUGGGGCGCGUGAGUCCCCCUCCUCCGUCCGACACCUCAUCCAAGGACCACAGCGGCUCCGAGAGCCCCAUUAGCGACGAAGAAGAAAGGCUACAGUCCAAGCUUUCAGACCCCCACGCCAUCGAAGCUGAAAAGUUUCAGUGCAAUUUAUGCAAUAAAACCUAUUCGACCUUCUCAGGGCUGGGCAAACACAGGCAGCUGCACUGUGACGCCCAGUCCAGGAAAUCCUUCAGCUGUAAGUACUGUGACAAGGAAUACGUGAGCCUGGGCGCCCUCAAGAUGCACAUUCGGACGCACACCUUACCUUGUGUCUGCAAGAUCUGCGGCAAGGCGUUCUCCAGACCCUGGUUACUGCAAGGACACAUCAGAACUCACACUGGGGAGAAGCCUUUUUCCUGCUCUCACUGCAGCAGGGCCUUCGCAGACAGGUCCAAUCUGAGGGCUCACCUGCAGACGCACUCGGACGUCAAGAAAUACCAGUGCAAGAGUUGCUCCAAAACCUUCUCGCGGAUGUCCCUCCUGCACAAGCACGAGGAGUCUGGCUGCUGUGCGGCGCACUAGUGACACAGCCCCUGUUUACUCGGGCGGACACCUUUCUAGUUCACUUGUCACGCAUUUUACUUGUCACUCCGCCUCUGAGUGACAAGUAAAAGUCCUAAGGCAUUUUGUCUUGUGCUGACAAACCCGAAUAAUAUGUAUAGACACACACACACACACACACACACACACACACACACACAGCUGCCAGGGCAGGGGAUUUCAUGUGCAUCAGAUUAAUCCUUUCCAUGUGAAGUUUAAAAGGACCAUAUAUUUACUGAUCGUUAGAUGGAGAGGAUAAAAGACAAGAAUCUUGCUCUUCUGAGAUGAAGCAAAAAGCACAUUGCAUCUUUCCUUGCUAAGAAAGAAUGCAAAGAUUUACUUUGCUGCCAAAGCAUUUCAACUGAAAAGAACAGUGUUGCCUUGUACGGGAUUUGUAAUAGAUUUUCCUAUAGGACAAGAAUCUGCCAGACACUAUCUCAGGUGCCUUAUAAAGUAUUCCAAGUUCACUUUGUUACAUGUGUCAUGUCUGGUCACCAUCCUUGAACUGAAGCCUGCUUCGUUACCUGUCGUACUUUAAACUUUGUUUUUGAGGGAGAGAGGGAGAAGGAAAGAGAGAAAGAACAAGAAGGAAAAACACAAGAGAAUGUAUUAAAAGUGUUUUUUUCUUCUUUUUUAGCCAAUCAAUAGUAUGUGCCUUUAGGAGUCGGGAAAGACUAUUUUGAACAUUCCUGGUGCAUGCUCCAUGUCUUAUGUUUUAAAAGAUUUUUAAUGAUUUUCUAAAAUCAACUAAAGAUGGGAAUAAGUGCAACAAAGGAUUUUUAGAAACUCUGUGAUGUACUUAAACAACUUUAAAUGCGUACAACAAAUGCAAUCCACAACUGCACCCCUUCUAGCUGUCUUUUUAGUUACCUGUAUAGUUGAUGAGUCCAUGUAAAUUUGUGUUUAUUUUUAUAUGGUUGAAUGAGUUUUGUAUGAAAGUGAAAAGUUGUCUAUAGCCAAUGCCUAUAAACAACCUGAAGACUUGUGAAAUUUACAUUUCUUUUUUUUUUUAAAAAAAGUUUUCAAGGUUCUUUUUUACAAUAAACAUUUUUGAUGUAAAAUCUA